UGAGUUGCUGUCCUGAAUGGGUCAGGCCAAUGGGAUACACAAUAAUAUCCUGCUAGAGGAGGUUUUUCAUCCACACAGGCUCUGUGUCUUCCUGGUCCCUACAGGAAAAGGCCUGAUAUCAAUCUCCAAACACAGAGGAUGAGAGUUGAUGAGUACACACAGCGGGCUUAGCAACACUAAGUCACCUUGCCCCCCCCAUAAUAACACAUCAUUUACUUCUGGUAUGAGUUUUUGUUUACAUGAUAUUGACACAGAGACUGCUCUGGGAGUCAUCAAGUUUAUGAUCAUUUUUUAAUGUGUGGUACUGAAGCAAGGCUGGCUAAUAAUAUCCUUUAAUCAUGUUAGUGCCCCUAACAUCAUUUCUUGUGAUCCGCCGGCGCUUUUGGGAGGGUUGUGGCAGACAUGUGAGAUCCAGAAUAAAUUGAUUGACCUCAAAAAAUGUAGGAAAUAGAGUACUCUCUUUCGUCCUAAGGCGAUUUCACCAAAACAGUUCCACAAAGACCUCCUGCCCAGGUUUUAAAAGCCUUGACUUAUCUCUAAAUGUUAUCUCUAAUUUGUUGUUGUCAUUGUUUUCCUCCUCUUGCUGUCGUUCCUCUCCACAUCUCGUUUUUGUUUAUUGUCAGUCAGAUGUUUAGUGGAAAGCGACAAUGGACCAGAGCAGGCCAUAAACAUUAAUUGUGCUCUGCCUGUUUGUGAAAGUGUGUUAGUGAAAUGGGCAGUGUUGCACAGGAGUCAGCAGGGACCUUGUGAUCUGAUGCUGCGUGGACAAGCCCAGCAUUGAGACAUUCUUCCACUUCAAAGCCCCCAGAGGGUUUUCUGGACACUGGUUGAAUAGGAGCCGAGGGAGGGGUGCGCGGGGGGAACAGGUGCAGUCCAUGAGUGGGGUAAUUCCCGCUGCCAUCUGCUUUCUUUUUCGGGGUCUGGGCUCUUUAAACGCCCUCUGACACGCCUCAUGGCGACACGCUCCCCUAGCCAGCCGCACCAUGCCCCGUCACCAUGGCACCACGAUUUGGAUUAACCCCCGCACAUGUGCCGAGUCAACCAUGGGGGUCUGCCUCUUUUGUGAAUGAGCUGGGGAGGGAGAAAGAGGAGGAGGAGGAGGAGAUGGAGAGCUGCAUGGAUAAGUGUGUGAAAGGACACUCGCCAGUCAUUCACUUUUGUUAAGUAAAGCAGCCGGAGCGAGCCUGAAUGAAGCCAUGUGGUAUUUCUAAAACGUAAGAGCUGAUAGUCGAGAUGACGGCCAUAGAGAGUAAAGAGGAGAUCAGUGACACAGACAGUGGGAUUAUCUUGCACUCUGGUCCAGACAGUCCCACGUCCCCGGUGAAGGAACUGACCACCCACACCAGAGCCCUGAAGCUGAAGCACCAGUCUCUGGAGGAGCGUCUGGAGCUCUGCCUGCUGGAGCUCAGAAAGCUCUGCAUCAGGGAGGCAGAGCUGACUGGUAAACUGCCCUCAGACUAUCCUCUGAUGCCCGAUGAGAAGCCACCACGGGUCAGAAGGAGGAUUGGAGCUUCCUUCAAGCUGGACGAAGGUCUGAUCCAUCUGGAUAAACAGGAUUCAGAGUUGCAAGCCCUGGAAACUGACUUGGCUCUUCAGCGACAGAUUUAUGAGGCGGCUCGCAAACUCUCCCUGGAGGGUCACCUCAGUAAACCACAGAAGAAGAGCCGGCUGCAGCAGUGCAAGAGAGAGGAGAAGAAAGUGAAGGAUCUGCAGGAGGCCGUGUUCAAGCACAGGAUCAAGAGCGAGUGCAGCUCACCGUGUAUCACAAGCUCAACCAGCCAAAACAAAGACCUGAACAUGUCUGAUGACAGUUCCCUGUCUGAUGUGGUGGCCCUGGAUGAUGACGUGGACUCGCCCAGCCCUCUCUCUCCUUCAGUGUUGGGCACCUCCUACUCAGACCCCCUCCAGCUAUCAGUCGGGACCCUUCAGUCAUCCCAGGAGUCAUCAAGCCAGCUCAAUGUGGGGCACGACCGCUCCCCUAUCCAGAACUCUCCAUGGAAAGAAUCCAGUCUGGAUCAGCCUUACCAGAGGGUCACUAAACCUCAGUCUGCUUGCAGCAGCAGAUCCAGUAGUCCAGCAGGAACCCAGGUGUCUGUCGAGAGCUGCAGGAUUCCCCUCUCUCAGUUUCUCAAGAACUCGGCUCUGCGUCACAACCACUCCACCAGCGCCCCCUCCACCCCAGAGCUGCACGUGCGCCGACAGUACUCCCAGUCCUUCAGACUUCCCAAAAGUAAGCCAUCUGCUGACAAGGAGCGCCUCAGCUCAGAGAACAAUCGAGGGCGAGCCAGGCUGCCUCAGCGGCGCUGUGCGGCGGACUUCAUGGUGCGUUCUCCAGAGUACUCUCCUCUGCGCCCUUACCAGUCCAGCUCUGAGGACAGCAGCUCGGAGCACUCUUCCUCCUCUUAUAUUAGCUCUCCCAGCAGGGACGGACCCACUGAGAUCCCAAAGCUCUGCCCGCCGCCAUACGGAUUCCACUUUGGAGCACAGAAGAAAGGGCUCUCCAGCUUCUCCAACUCACACAAGAACUACAACCAGUCUCAGCCCAACCCCGGUUACAUGAGGGCUAUGGCCGAAGAUGGCCCCCUCUCCCCUCAAGACCUGGAUAUGGGAAAGUGCUUCCUGUCCUCCCCUCCUGUGGCAUGCAACCCUCAGCAAAGGCAGUGGCAGGAGGGAGCAUCGUCCCCUAGGAGAAUCCUAAAGCCCCCUCCGCCUUACACCAGGCUGGUGCGAACGCCCUCGCUGAAGGAGUACCCGAACCACGCCAUCAGGCUGAUGCCCAGGGAGAUUGUGUCAGAGGAGCUGAAGUCCUGGCAUCAGAGGAAUCAACUGCAGAAGUUACGACCAGGCUGCAUGGAUCAGCAGAGUGUGAAGAGCCCCUUAUCACCUCAUCUGCCUCCAUUCAAACAGGGUUUGGGUAAUGUGAUUCUCCAGAGAGCUGCAGACGGGACUCCAGUCCAGUGGUUCAUUGCAGAGGAUGCUGAAAUUGUGAGCCAAGUGUAGCUGAGACAUCUACUGCUCUGCAGUAUGUUCAGUAGGAUGUGUGUUACUCCUUUCUAUUUAUCUCUGUAUUUAUUAAGGCUUUGGACUCUCUGUGAGAUUAUAUGUUGACACGAUGCAGAAAACGUGGACCUAUCGGGACCCUGAUGAGCACAUUCCUCUCUCAUCUUUUAAUUUAAAACUUAACGUAAGGUCAUAUGCCAGUUUUAUUUAUUUUAAAUUGUUUUCUAAAAUAUGUUUCUAAAGUUUCUGAGGUGAAUUGAGCUUUCUACAAUUUCAUAAAGUAGAUCAUAAGAUUUAAAAACAAACUUGCUGUGGUUUCCAGAAUUUCUUUGUGGCUGGCACACAUUUUGCACAUAAAAUUCACCUACAGUAGUUUUCAAAUAAGUUUCCCCAUUCUUAAUAUAAUUUUUAAUAUUAUUCUUUAUUUAUGUUAUUGAAAGUUUCCCCCUUGCAGCAAAGAGACUUAUUACUAACAUGUUGAUAUACCUUUAAAAAGUGCAUCGCUCUUUUUAAUAUAUAUAGUUAAAAUUUAACAUGUGCCUGACGUGAAGUAAGCUGAAUCUUAACAUUUGCUAUUAACUCUAUUAAUUAAUCACUGAUGCCUUUAACAGUGGUUUGAUGAAUGUUUUCACUGCAGUAUGGUGCUUUGUUACUAACCAUGGGAUUGUAUCAGUUUUGAUAUUUUUUUUGUAUAUUUAUAAUAAAAAAUACAACUGAAAGUUA